AAUUGAGGCGACGGCUUGUUGUGCUCUUUUAUUUGAGAAAAGAAUAUCUUUGACACAAAACAGAUUGAGAUCUGAUGAAAUUACCAUUCGGAAUUUUAGUAUUAAUUCUAUACUGUAUCCCAACAUCCUUUUGCGUCCUUUCCAAGCACCACAAAACAACUGUAAUGCCAGGAAAAUGGAGCAAAUGGGGGAAAUGGGACCCGCAUUGCAGCGUCACCUGUGGUUUGGGAGUAAGGAGACGAGUGAGAGUCUGCAGCUACAAAGGAAAAAACAGGAAAUUAAGAUGCAAGGGCAACAGAGGUCAAAUGACUAACUGUGAUACUAAAGUGACAUGUCCUGUUCAUGGAGGAUGGUCGACAUGGGUGUCCUGGGACUGUUCAGUCACCUGCGGAGGUGGAUUUGGCGUAAAAAGGAGAACUUGCACCAAUCCGGCGCCAAUGUUCAAAGGCAACUUUUGCGAAGGAUUGAACGAGGAAGAAGGGAACUGCAAUGAGCAAAAAUGUGCUGAUCAAGUUUUCACACUUUCUCCAAGCACUGCACAAGGAGUAAAAGACGCAAUUAACAGGGAGCAUUAUAGUUUUGAGAAGCGGGAAGGAUCCAAUAUCGAUUUAUCGUGUGCUCCUCAUUUGGCUCAGAAAAUCUACAAGGAGUAUCCAACUUCUGUUCUAUUCUGGACUAAGGAUGGUAUUGUCCUUGAAUUAGAAAAGAAACGAAUGUCAAUGACUUUAACCGAUCUGACUAUUCUUGAAAUGCAAAUAGAAGAUAGCGGAGUAUAUCUUUGCAGUAUGCGCUACGCUCCAGGGGUUGUGAAGCCAUUAAAAGUGGCAGCAGUAGCAGUAAUUCCCAAACUUCCCAACGUGGAACUUCCAGAAGAGGAAAAAGUCACCCUUAUCUGCCGAGGAGCCCAGCUAGAGAAGAUUUAUAAGAAUCUGAAUCAAGCAUGGUUCCUCAAUGACACUGAAUAUAAGAAUUUUGAAAAUGCUUCCGUUCUGGAAAGUAAUUCGUAUGAAAUUGAUGAAAUCACCUCAAAUAUGACAGGUAUUUGGAAGUGUAAAAUCAAGCAUCCUGAAAAAAACUGGGUUUGGACUACUAACAUCAUUCGUUUAAAAGUACUGCCGCCUCUCCCACUGUUUUUGAAGCUAUUGAAAAAUCGAAAUUUUCUCCUCAUUUUUAUCACAAUUACCUUUGCAACAGUCCUGGCAGUCGGAAGUUGCAUCGGUUAUAAGAUAAGCAAAGCGCGGGAAAAUUAUCUUUCUGAUUUUCAAAUGUGGCGGACGAUUUCUCUUCGUGAGGAAGAGCAAGAAAAGGACUCGCUAAUGGACUGGGAAAUUAACGAAGAAGAAUACUUGUUUUAACGAACUCCGGAAGACGGCUUUUAAUCAACAAAACGAAUAAUAAGCAACAUCUGAAUAAGCCA